AUGACGGUCCAAGUAUCUCAGCCCACAGCGCUACCGGAAGGCGACCGCUACUAUCUUCUUCGUGGCAAUAUUAUGGUGCCUCUAGUACCUGCCGACCAGAUCCCUCUUCAGCUUCGAGGAUUGCCACGACAAUUGACUCAUCGCCAGUUGUCCGACGAGAACUGGAAGCUCCUACACGAAUCUAAGCAUGCUGCGUUUCCUCUGGCGAUACACGUUCCGGACAGCUACUCAUCGCCUCCACCUACGUCAAAGGCAAGCCCUGGCUUCCUUGCGCCAGAUCACCACGUUAGAAGCUCCCCAAAGCAUUUGAAUGAAGUCACAACCGAGACUUGCCGCUUGCCUCCACCCGCACACCCAGCUCAGUCUCCCAGGCUCGACGCUCGCUGCACUUACCAAGCUGCUCCAGAGCAUCCAGCAUCUUUAACGGAUACUUUCGCGUCCAUCUACCCGCGAGAUGCGCAACGUUUCGGCUACCAUACCCCAUAUCCCUCCGGUGUCCAGCCCGAUCCAUCGAAGAAAGUAUACUGUUCUCACUGGAUCAAGACUGGCGAAUGUUCGUUCAUCCAACAAGGCUGUAGGUACAAGCACGAGAUGCCCAAUCUUGAGAAGUUGCGCGAGCUGGGUGUGACACAAAUCCCAAAGUGGUGGAAGGAGAAGUCUGCGAUCACUGCUAGAGGUCCGACGUGGAUGCAACAGCGUCUUGCUGCCGGUCAUGGAGAUGAUUCUCAGGCAGGAGAGAUGCCACCUCCGCGCGCCUUUCCUGAUCCUUCAACCUUCCGGAGUACACAGGCUGUCGACUCUAUCUCUCCCGACAUGUCCCGACAGCUACAUGGUAUUCCGCAGAAGGGACUUGUUUCUGAGGAACCAGAAAACGUACAGGUGCUUCGGAAGCCCACUUUGAAAGCUACGACGCGGCCAGAGAAGGUUAUCGCGAACCUUCUCAUCGAUAUCGACGAUGAACCAGUGUCUUCAUACAGCCCUCAGUCUUCACACUGUUCCUCAGCCAGUGCUAGGUCCCGCCAUGACCGAACAUCAUCUGCCAGCAGUGCUGCAUCGUCACCCCCUGCUUCCCUACUCGAUCAACCUACCACAGGGAUUACUGCAAGCAUAGAGAGUAUCCACAUUGCUGAGGAAGCACUCAAAGAACGCACCAUCCGUCGCCGGAUGUCCCCAGCCCCGAACAACGAGCAGUCCGAGGCCAAAGAUAAUUGUGCGCCAGUCAAGUCAACCAUCAAGAACAUAGAAGCCCCCCGCAAAGCAUCACCCGAAUCUCCCGCGCCGCUCAAGCAAACCGGGUUGGCCAAAUCAAAACACUCCGUCACCAGAAACAUCUUGCCUGACUUUCCUGAUUCGUGCAGCAAGAACAGCGCCCACAAGACACAGUCAGAGCAGGUCAAGACAAGCACGGGAGACAAGUUUCGCAAUGCCGCACGUGCGAAAGGCCGCGCCGUAAAGCGUGCGUCCAUCGAGAGCAAGUCACUGGCAAACGUUGCUAAGCGUGUUGCCGGAUAG